GUCACAUCAGUCAUUUUUGAAAUAAAUGUCAUUCUUUAAAAUGCAAGCAAAUCGACAGAUACUGAUAAUAAACCCUCAAUUUUAAUAAUAUCUCCAAAGAAUAAAAGGACUGUUUCUAGGACAAGUUACAGUUAUUAUAACACCUACAAAAUGUCUGCUACACCGUCAGAAUUGGCUCCGAGUGAGAUGCCCGUCUCCGAUGUAGAAGAUGUUGGAGAAGCAACGCCUGCUCCGAAAAUCGCAUCGUUCCCGCCAUAUCCACCAUACGCGACGGAACCAGCCCCACCAUCCGUGGCAGAUACCAUCAUAGCUGGACAUGAUCUGCGGCUGCAGCAUAAAUCUAUACCGAGAAAACCUUUACGACCACCUCCUAAGCCAGCUAGACCCAGGGGUCCAAAAGCGACAGAUGUGAAGAUGUCGCAGCGAGCUAUGCGGGCGCACGCUCGCUGUCUGCGCAAACACGGCGCAAUCCUCACGGAUCGACUAGAGCGCAUGUCGAAACCACUCCGGCGCAAUAUUAUAUACAUGUGGCGUGAACACGCGUAUACUCUUCCUCCAGAAACGAUUGCACGUUUAAGAGCUAUGUUGGAUGCCGAUGAACCCUUCAAGCCAGAUCAAGCCUAUGAAUAUUUUAUCAACUUGAAAAAAACUAAGAAGAAAGCUGCCGCAACGGAACAAAUUAACGAAAUUAAGAAGGACAUGCUGGCUAUGGUCGGUGAGAAAAGAUUUCUUUGGGCACGUAAUGCCACCGUGGCUUUCGCUAGGGGCAUUCAGCAGCGGCUGUCAAGGCCUGGACGAUAUUCCCUGGCUGAUGGAAUGUUAAGACUGUCUAAUAUUAUUUUGGACGAGAUUUGCGGUUACAUGCACAUGAGAACGCCUUCGCGAAGAUCAAAUCACCCCAAAGCGAAGUUUAUGAUGGAGAUGGCUGAUAAGGUUGCAGUUUGGAUUGACGAAAUUCUAUCUGAAUCAGAUGACAGAAUGCUCAUGAUGGACUUCGAUGAAGACGACGAUAUAUACGGGCGCCACAAGGGUGACGGAGGCGACGGAGGUGACGGCGAUGGAAGGUAUACUGAUGACGAUGGUGGUGCGCCGGGACAAUUGCUUUCAGCUCCACCGGCUUAUACAAAGUUUCAUGGCAACAUGAAGGAAGCUUUCGAAAUAUUAACGGACACAAUGGAUUCAAAAGGCGGCGAAAAAUUGAUUUCGCACGGAAAGUUCCAACAAACAUUUGGCGAGGGAGCUGACACGUUGAGAAAAGCGAAGGAUUUCAAAGCUACAAAUUAUAACGUAAGGGUAUCGGAUAAAAUUAAACAGAAACUAACAGCCGCAACGAAGGAGAUCAUUCCGGAACAUCUCGACAAAGUCAUGAAUGUCAUGGUGGAUAUAUGCUCGAAGUAUUUGGCACAGAAUGCAGAAAAUAAUAAAAAGAAGGGCAAGGCAUUUAAACUUUUAGUCAGUGCAAUGAAAAAUAAGAAGAAUGAAAAAUUGUAUAAAAGGGGUAAAGUUCAACGGACAUACGCCCAGGCAGCCGACGAGCUUGAAAAAUCUGAAUCUCUUGAUUCAGAAUAUGACGAUCCAAACCUAUCACAGGAAUUAUAUUCGGCAAUGUCAAAAGCAGUCAAAAAUUUGACUCCGGCAGAAAUGCAAAAAGAGAUGGCGGACACGCUGAAUGUUUGCUCGAAAUAUUUAUCUCAAAAAGCUGUGGAAAGUGCUGAACGAGGCCCAGUGUUUGAUUUACUGGUCAAGGAACUGAAUAAGGCAGGAGGAGAAAAGUUCAGUGAAGACCCCGCGCUUCCUACUAAAAGCGUAGCUGCUCACGCGUUAAAGUCAGCCCCAGGGUUUUCGAACGCACGACCCGAUCCUGCGACUGCAAAUAUGUUUAAAACUGCACUCCAUAAGUCUGUAGAUGCCGCUACGCCAAAACAUCACACAAAUGAGAUGAAAGACAUAAUUGACCAGUCCGGUAAUUACUUGUCUGCAUUUGCCCGCGACAGAGGUCCUGCGAUGAACGCCUUGUUGGGAAUGAUGAAAACAAAUCCAAAGAAUGUUUUCGCAAGUCGAAAGGACUAUACAAUGGAUUAUGAUACCGCAGCGGAAGAGAUUCGAAAUGCUCCUACAAUAGUCCCGUUUCUGCCGGUACAAGACAUUGCUGAUGAAGGAAACGCGAAACUUACGAAAGACAUGAAAGAUGUGACACCUCCAGACUUACAGAUUCCAAUGAAAGUUUUGAUUAAUGAUGCGUCCAAACAUCUAUCUCAAGCGGUGGCCAUGAGAAGUGGCGAGCCUGGCGAUACAUACCCAAUGAACUUUUUGGCAGCAGUCAAAAAGUCAUUAGGGACUAAACCACUUUAUAAAUACAAAUCGUACGGACAGACCUACGCUGAUGCGGGGGACACUUUGGAGAACGCGGGUCCUAUUGAGACGACGAUCCCCGAUGUAGGGUCAGAGAUGAGCGUUAGUACGCAACCACCGCUGCCAUCACAAUCAUCAGUGAUGUCAGAGGAAAAGCCAAGAAAAGCUCUGAAGCCAGGGGUGAAGCACGAACCUUCCCCCGCCGUCGAAUUGGCCCACCAGAUUGUGGCCGAAAUGAAAAGAGGCGUACCAACGCAACUAGCCCCUACUGUUGCUGAAGAAUUAAAACCUACCAUGGAUAAGGCAGCAAUGCAUUUGGCAAACCAUGCAGUUGAAAAAGGGGAUGCAAUGGAAUACAUGGUGGAUCUUAUGAAGGAUAAAGGAGAAGAAAAACUGGGCAAACUGCAAGGAUAUGACCAGACUUAUACCGACGGUGCGAGAAGGGUUGAGAAUACUCCAUCUCUAACUAACGAAAAAGUCGAUAAAUCCAGUUACGAAAGUGUUAGACGUAAAUUGUCUGACAUCACUAAGGACAAGCCAAAUGCAAAGUUUGCACAACAAAUGCCAGGCAUAGUCGCAGAUACUGCGAAGUUCCUGUCGGCGCCAGUUCCAGAGACUGACGCUGAAAAGCGUCAAGUAUUAGGAGAUUUGAUGGCCCGAGAAGGAGAUAAGAUCAUAGGGGAAGAUGGUGCGUACAAGAUGACCUACAGAGAGGGCGGAGAAGAAAUUAAAAAUGCCCCCGUGGGUGUUACAAAAGCCCACGAUGAAAAGAAAAACAAGGAGAUGGUUAAGAAGUUAGAAGCUGUUGUACCCGAUAAAAAGAUGGCGGCUAUAUUAAAAGAAUCUACAAAAGAAGGUGCGGCUCACUUAACAGAUGCAGUAAAAGGAAGAGGUGAGGCCAUGAAAGUUAUCCAAGAUAGUUUGAAAAAAGAAAAGAAUAAAGAAUUUAUAGAAGUUGGCGAUUUUAAUAAAACUCAUGAACAAAUAGCGGACAUGCUGACCGAGGCACCGAAUUUGAAGAGCGAGAAUCCGUCACCUGUUAUUUUGGAGAAGGUUGAACAUCAACUGUCCGUUCUUCCAAAAGAUAUACCGGCUGAUAAACCCUUGGCUAAGAAACAUAUGGAAGAAACUAGUGAAAUCGCAGCAAAAUAUAUUGCUACGCAGGCUACAAAGGAAAGUGGAUUAGACAAUCAGCAAUUGGCAGCAUUGGAUGCUGCUGGGUUUAAUGCCGAUGCCAAAGCCGCUGCAGAAGAACGUAGAGUAGCUGCGGUGGCAGCUGGCCCUGCUGGCGAUAAAGCGGCUAAAGCAGGUGCUACUGAAGAAGAUGAAGAAGAAGAAGAAGAUGGAACUGGUAAAAAAAGGAAAAAGCGAAAACCAAAAACCGCCGGAGCCGCGGAAGAUGAUCGGACCAAGCAGAAAGGGACUGGAGACGUUAGUGAAGCAGGGGCUGCUGGCCGUACUGAUGCAGCAGCAGGUGGUGGCCGUUCUGAUGCAGCAGCAGGUGGUGGCCGUUCUGAUGUAGCAGCAGUAGCAGCUAUGGGUGCGGGCCCUAGAAGUGCUGGUCCUGGAGGUACUACUGUUGGGCCCGACGGCACCAUCUAUGCCCCUGACGGUACGGUGCAAAAAGGUCCCGGUGGUGCAGUGCUCAGCAAAGAUACGGCUGGGAAAGCUUCAGAAAAAGAUAAAUCGGGAGCCGUUGUGCAGCGCCACGGAGAAGAUGUGCAAGGCCCUGGAGGGGUCGUUAAAGGUGAAGGAGGUUUGGUCAAAGGGCCUGGAGGCGUCAUUAAAGAUGAAGGAGGUUUGGUCAAAGGGCCUGGAGGAGUAGCUCAAGGACCUGAAGGAGGUUUGGUCAAAGGGCCUGGAGGAGUGGUUCAAGGACCCGGAGGAGUAGCUCAAGGACCUGAAGGAGGUUUGGUCAAAGGGCCUGGAGGAGUGGUUCAAGGACCCGGAGGAGUAGCUCAAGGACCUGAAGGAGGUUUGGUCAAAGGGCCUGGAGGAGUAGUUCAAGGACCCGGAGGAGUAGCUCAAGGAACCGAAGGAGGUUUAGUCAAAGGGCCUGGAGGAGUAGUUCAAGGCCCUGGUGGAGUGGUUCAAGGCCCUGGAGGAGUGGUUCAAGGCCCUGGUGGAGUAGUUCAAGGCCCUGGUGGAGUGGUUCAAGGCCCUGCAGGAAUGGUUCAAGGCCCUGGAGGAGUAGUUCAAGGCCCUGGUGGAGUGGUUCAAGGCCCUGGAGGAGUGGUUCAAGGCCCUGGAGGAGUGGUUCAAGGCCCUGGAGGAGUGGUUCAAGGCCCUGGUGGAGUAGUUCAAGGGCCUGGUGGAGUAGUUCAAGGGCCCGGUGGAGUAGUUCAAAGCCCUGGUGGAGUAGUUCAAGGGCCUGGUGGCGUAAAACAAGGGCCUGGCGGCGUAAUACAAGGGCCCGGUGGAGUAGUUCAAGGCCCUGGUGGAGUAGUUCAAGGGCCUGGUGGCGUAAAACAAGGGCCUGGUGGCGUAAAACAAGGGCCUGGCGGCGUAAUACAAGGGCCCGGUGGAGUAGUUCAAGGCCCUGGUGGAGUAGUUCAAGGCCCUGGUGGAGUAGUUCAAGGGCCUGGUGGAGUAGUUCAAGGCCCUGGUGGAGAAGUUCAAGGCCCUGGUGGAGUAGUUCAAGGGCCUGGUGGAGUAGCUCUGGGCCCUGGUGGAGUUGUUCAAGGGCCUGGAGGAGUUGCUCAAGGCCCAGGUGGAGUAGUUCUAGGGCCUGGUGGAGUAGUUGUAGGGCCUGGUGGAGGUGAUCAAGGUCCUAGAGAAGUUGAUCAAAGCCUUGCUGGAUAUAUUCCAAGUUCGAGUAAAGCUGGUUCAGGACAUGCACCUGGUGCACACGGCGCUCGUGGUGUACCAUCUGCCCCUGGUGUGACUGGUCUAGUCCCGAGUGGUCCUGGCACUAAGCCAGCAAGAGUAGUAUAUGGCCCAGACGGGACAGCAUACGGCCCAGAUGGAACAGUGUACGCCCCAGAUGGAGCAGUGUACGCCACUGAUGGAACAGUAUACCUCCCCGAUGGAACAGUUUACGGCCCGGAUGGUUCAGUUUCCGUUGGUCAAGGUCCUACUGGCGCCGAGUUUGGACCCGGUGGGGCCCUUCAAGAAGCUGUCAUUGAUGGACAACAACAACCUGGUGGUGGCACUCGUGCUCAAACCGCGGGUGCCCCUAUUAUUGGGCCUGAUGGUAAAAAGGUCAAAGUAGGAGGAGUAGCUAGUUACGGCCAAAAGCAGCCUCCUGCGUAUCCAGGUGGUGAAACUGAGGAACAACGCCGCCGCAGAUUAGAAGAAGCAGAAGCAUUCCGAAAAUACGAAGAAGCAGAGAAAUUGAGGCUAGGGGAGAAGGAGUAUUUCAGACAGCAAGUGGAAAAGUAUAAACGAGAACAGGAAGCCGCUGGCCCAGGAAAAUAUCGCGGUGGAGCACUAGGUGCUGAUUACGAUCGGGAACAUGAAACUGCACUAGACAUUCUGCACUGUCAUCUGCGAGCACAUGGCACUGAAGUAUUCUAUGCACAGCCACAAGCCACCAUGACACAUGGACAGGCUUCAGACUGGUUGAGAUCGCCAAUGCCUAUGAAGGUUGAUAAAGCAGUAAAAGAAUCCGGUGACACUGCACGCCUUCACAAGAAGUUUGAAAAGAAACUUAAUGGUUUAGUCAGCGAAGUCACGCCACCAGAAUUGUAUGACUGUAUGCAAGAUGUCGUCAUUGAGGCUGCUCGAAGAUUAUCAGAAUGCUUUGUUUCAACAAGUUACAACAACAUCGUGAGCGAUGCCCUCAUAUCAGAAAUGCAGAAACGUGGUAACGAAAUACUCACAGAAGUAGAUGGCGCUGCAGAAACUUAUUUCUAUGCCUCCCAACGAUUGAAGAAAGCGGGCUCUUUGGACGUAGAAGAACCAUGCUAUAAAGUUGCUAAUGACUUGAAUAAAAAAUUAGACGACGUGAUUCGUACUCGUCCGAUGGCAAGAAAGUUGAAUGCGAAAAUGAGAGAUCACAUCAGAGAAACUGCAAAUUUCUUGUCGGGUAUGGUAACCAAACCUGAUGAGAAAAUCGAGGCUUAUAUUGCCUUGUUGGAAGAAAUGGAAGCAGCCGGAGAGUCUGUUCUGAUUGAAGGAGACAUCCCGAAAACAUAUCAAGAAUCUUCUGAAUACCUCCGACAGUUGACGUCGUUUCAGGACCAAAUAAAGCGUCCCAAUCCAACGUUGCAAGCAGAAACCCAAAAAAGGCUUCAGGACUUGAUGGCAAGUGUUCCGCCUAACGAAGCCAGAUAUGACCAGGAGGUUAUGAACGAGGUCAUUGCUGAAGUAGCAACAUUGUUGACGUCGUAUGUUAUGCUUCAUGCCGAAAAAACCGAUGCGUUGAAAGUUCUCGAGGAAGAGAUUCGGAAAAAGGGAGAUGCUGCACUCUUAAGACAUGGACCCAUUCGCAAAUCAUACAAACACGGUGCUGACUUGUUGCGUGGGAAAACUACUGAUCAACUGGCUGUCCCUGCCGCAGACCCCGUCGUUGUCAGGAAAAUACAAAUCAAACUGCAUAACUUGAUGAAUGAGAAAAGAAAAGAAUAUGAAAACAACAAUAUGUUGGCUCUUAUGGAUGAGGUCAUCGAAGACGCUACGAUAUAUUUGGCUGUUUAUCUUCUACACCCAAAAGUGAUCCAGGUGUGCAAGUGCUACAAGAACGUGCUCGUGCAGUGCGAGCUGUGGUGCGACGAGAUCCUGCGGCGUGUGGCGCGGCCGAGCUGCACGUGCUCGCGCCAUGGAGUGGCGCAGGAGCUGCGCGACGCGGCACCACCCUCGCAAGACUUCGGGCCCGGCCCCAAAAUAUCUUUCACCACAUGCCCCGAACAAAUCCCCACAUCGUCGCUUAUAAACCCCGAUUCCGAAACAGCCUGCCCAGCACCAACUCCUACGCCUGAAUGCCGUGCCCAUGGCCCAACUACAUCUUACUUAUUGUAUUCCACCUCACGCAAAUUGCGUUACGAUUCCAUGCGAAUAUCAUCUGCGGGUUCCUCUAAUUCUUCGCACUUCACAUCGUCGUCAUCAUCGCCUAUACAGGUGGCGAAGCAAUCCUCGCCACUUAAAAAUCUAUUCCAAGAUGUACAUGUAGAUACAAAUAGCAGUAUGCAAUUUGUCCCACAACUGCCAGAAGAAGAAGCAGUGCAGCCUUACGAGGCUGAACAACCAAACACGUUGGAAGUGACUCCUCCUUCAUAUUUCUCUUCGUCUAAUUAUUGUAAUUUCAACACAACGCAACAACAACAACAACCACAGCAACCUGCAAGCGUCAGCAUUCCUGCCCAACAAAAACACUCUGUGGUGAACCUCCCCUCACCUGAAGCGUCUGAAACAUCUAAAAUCACGCAAGCGAAAAGUGGAUACAGCUCUCGUACUCCGAUCAUAUCGCCGGAUCAAAUGGUUGACUGGCACGCUAUGAUGGUGAGUCUAAUGUGGAACCUGCAGGCCUGGCGGGAUUGGAUCCAGGAGAUCGUCAACCACUCCCUAGCUUACCAGCUUAAUCCAAUAACCGGUGAAGACGUCAAUAAAAUUUCAGAUGCAAAUACAGACACGUGGUCAUUGUUCUAUAGGAGAAUAUGUACCGAAUCUUUGCAAUGGCGUCACUAUUGCAUAUUUAGUCGUCAACUCACAAAUCGACUGCAUACACGGUAUAGGAAUAAAGAGAUCGUCUCUCCUACGCCGGUCGCAGUAAAGACAAAAACGUACAUUGAAUGUCAAGAAGAAAUGUUGGAGAUCAUUGACAUGUUCAACAGAUGGACACAGUGGCUCACUUUGGUUAUAAAAGAAACUGAUUCUAUGGAAUGGGGCUCUAUUGAUAAAAAUGCAUUACAUCAAAUGCGUUGGAAUCAUUUGAAAAAGAAAAUCGAAGGAUAUUCAAAGGACUGGAUUAAAUAUGACAUGUUUUUGAAAGUAUCCUGGGAGCAGAAGUAUAGUACUGUUAUUGCAGACUAUCUGCCUGCAUGGAAGAAGCCAGGCCCUGUGUGGGUGGUGAGCGCUUGCGGCGCGGUGCCCAGCGGGGCCGUCGCCGCUGGCGUGUUCGACGGAGAAGUCAUCUGGGUAGCCAGGACUACACACAGGAGUAAAGUGCUCCCAGCAGCGUUAUAUCCAUCCAAACACAGCUGCUUGGUAUACGCAGAAGGUGCAGCUCAUCGCUACACUAAAUACCAGGUGAUGUGCAACGCAGAGGUGCGUUGGGUGGCAUGGCGGGGCGGUUCAAUAGGAGGGCGUGCCGUUCGCGUGGCUCCGGGAGUCCACAUAGGCCGUGUUCACUACCGCGGAGACCAUCUCCUGGGCGCGGUACAUGAGCCGCACUAUCGCUGCCACGUCGUCAUCUUCGGCAGACCCUUCGCUUUCAACUGUUACGAGCUCCUCAUGCUGGCUAACGACGUCGAAGAAUGACCCACCAAACAGAAAUCGAGGAACAGUGAGCCCUACUGCUUUCCUAAUUGUUACUUAAGUUAUGAGGUGUCGUGAAAUUGGUCGUGGCCACCAGAAAUUUAUAUUGUUGCAUUGACGAUAAUAUUUUCGAAAGUAAAUUCCGAUAUUCGGAAGAGAAAUUAGAAACUCCCUGAGUUCUAUGUCUCAUUCACGAGACAACGGUGCGUCUAUUGUGGUUUGUCUGCAAUAAGUCAGUGUCGUGUUGAUUUUUGAUUUGCUAGAAUGUUUUAUAUUGUCUAUUGUUUUUUUUUCUAGUAUUUUUUCAAAUAUACACCUUUAUUU